AUGUACGCAGGUGCCGGCCCGGCCAAGGUGGUCAGACCCGCUGCCCUGGAGGGCAGGCGUGCCGUGCUGGGCUCCCUGCUGGCCGGGGUCGCGGCUCUGAGCCUGGCUGGCACCCCCCGCGCCCAGGCCGUGGAGCUGGAGGACUACCGCAAGGCGCGCGAGACCGGGUUCGACCUGAUCUAUGAGGCCCGCGACCUGAACCUGACCCAGGCCGAGCGCGAUGGGCUUACCCAGGCCCGCACCGACCUGGGCGCCACGCGCAAGCGCCUGCAGCAGUCUGAGAAGAGCAUCGACAAGGACCUGGAGCAGUGGAUCCGCAAGAACUACUGGACGGAAGCCAGGGAGCAGCUGCGGCGCCAGGUGGGCACCCUGCGAUUCGAUGUGCGCGCGGUGGCCGAGUCCCUGCCCAAGGCCGAGAAGAAGGAGGCGUUUGCCGCCGGCAAGCAGUUCCUCAAGCAGACCGAGGCGCUCGAUCUGGCCCUGCGGAAGAAGGACGAGACCAAGGCCCUGGGACUGCUGGACUCCACCAAGUCUGCUCUGGACACCGUGCUUGCCAAGCUGGGUUGA